AUGGACAAUAAUAAUGUCGCGCUCGAUCAUCCAGCGAUGAAAAAGCUCGCAAAAAUCGCUCGCGAUGAGCUACGGGAGACAGAAGCGACACGUGAAGAGUCACUGCGUCAAAUGCGCGAAUGGCUCAAACAGAAUAAAGACGUGAAAAAUGUUCGAGACGACGAAAGUUUCUUGCUGCGAUUUUUGAGAACGAAAAAAUAUAGCAUUUUGAUGGCGCAACAGCAACUUUUGAAAUAUUUGAAUCUGAGGCGUGUUUUGUGCAAUUACGUUACUGCGCUGGACUUUUUAUCGCCGAAUUUGCAGCAUCUCGUGAACCAAGGAUACAUGUUUGUUUCGCCAAUUCGCGAUGAAAAGGGACGUCGAGUGAUUAUUUCGACAGCAAGCAACUUCGAUAUUGAUCGUUGUAACAGCGAGGAUUUGGUUAAAACGCAUUUCAUGACGUAUGAAACGCUGGUAGAGAAUGAGGCGGAUCAGGUGCUGGGAUUUGUGCAUGUUGGUGACUUUGGGUCUGUUGGACCAAAACAUGUGGCAAUGUUCAAUAUUACAGGUAAAAUUGAUAAUUUAACCUAA